GAGAGGCAGUCGUUCAGCCAGCUUCCAUGCCGUCAUGCAACGCACACGGGAAGUUGUCCUUGAGGAAUGUCUGACAGGAAUGGAAAACUCUGAGGUUCAGGACAGUAAAGUCAAAUAACCAGAAAUCAACUUGAGAAUUAUUUAGACGAAGAGUGUCGAAGUUUAUUUCAGCUGACUGUUUGAAGACGGACCCGGAGUUAACAGUUUAAUCAAUGAAUUCUGCGAACAACGGACGAAACGUUGGAGUAGGACACAGACAUGGAGGGGGGACGGUAAGCUAAGAGACACAGGAAAGACCCGACACAUUAGUUUUUCACUGUUCGGUCAAAACUUUGAAGUUUCCGUCGAGUUUGAGAAAAGAAGUAGCCCCAAGAGUUAUGCUAAAGCUGGUGUAGUUUUAUGAAGCUGUGACGGUUCUCACUUUUGAUUGGUUGCCUCGUGUUCAAACUGGUUGUAAACGGUAUAAUUAAGACAUUCAUUGGACGUGAUUACAGUACUGUUACAAUGAGCCUGGGUGGUAAAAUGACACUACAACAGGUGGAAUACUCCAUUAAAAAAGGUCGGCAACUUGUUUUCUUACCAGUUUUUCCCUCACAUCACAGAAAAAAGGUAAGAAAAGAAACAGGGUUAAAACUAUCUGUGUGACAAAUGUUUUCUAAAACAGCCUCCAUUUUAUUAUAUUUUCUUUUUUUACACGCGGCGAUAUUCACUAAAUUCAUAGAUAUUUACUUGAGUUUGGUGUGCGAGUAACAGCGUCAAAGGACUCUGAACAGCUGUUUUUGAAUGCUGGUGUGUUUCUUUAACCAAAAACCCAUUUGAACCCUUAGUUCUUAAAAAUAUCGCUAUAUGACCUUUUGUUCAGGACAGUAACAAGCAUUUUAAUGUUCUGUUUGUGUUGUCUAAUGGUCAUUUGAAUUAACUCGUUAAAAUGAAUGUGAACUCCGGACGUUAUUUGUACAGCACCCGGUAUUAAUUAAAUUGAAUUAAGGCUAUUUAUAGGCUCUGAAACGUCCUUACGGAAUAAUGGGAUGAAGAGUACUUGUCAUUGGAUUAAUCGCGUCUGCACAAAUUUAGUACGUCAGACUGUUGACAGCAGUCAGGCAGGCUGUAGAUCCAGGCCAUGUGAGCCACCGUAGAGCAGGCUCUGUUUACCGGUCUGAGGUAAUUGUGACUGAAUGAAUAACACAUUUACAUAUUUAUUUGCACUUCCUGUUGUUAUUUUUUAAAUAUGGAUAUUGUUAUAGAUAUUAUUUUAUAUGCCCUUUUUGUAUGACGCCUUAUACCUCUCCUAAAGCCUCAGAGAGAAAGUGUGAUUGCUUUAUUGCAUACAGAUAGCUUGGGUCCCCUAUAGCUUUGAAAAGUCAGACUGAUUGUGCAGUUGGAGAUAAAAUGGAAGCACAAAACAAGAUCUAUCUUUGCCGUGCUGUUGUGAAGGAGCUAUGAAGUGUGUUAUACUUAUUUAGACAUCAGUGAAAAUGUAAUUUUUUGUUUUGACGGUCUUUCUUAAUAUCUGAACCACAUGUUUAUCCUUUGUAUUUUUGCCUCAUUAUGUUGUCUGACUCAAACAGGUGAAAGCUUUCAUUCAGAAAGUGCAAUCUCAUCAACCAUCCCUGAAAGAAUCGUUGAAUGGAGAGAUUCAGGCCUUCCUCACUGAUGAAGACCAACUCCACACAUAUGACGACCUCACCAAAGUCAACCCGGUGACGCCAACAACAGGUAAUAAAUGAAGCUAGUUGUCCCUUCAUUAGUAUCAGUGAUGAUGACUGCUGAGGAUUUUUGCCCACUUGAGCAACAUGCCAUAUGAGUCAUUUAAUCUCCAGUUGCAGGUAUUCUUAUCCAACAAAGAGGCCUUUAAAUAACAUGAUGGCACAAGCCCUGAAACCUUAACUGAUGCAUGUCAACGAGGGCUCAUUGUUUGAUAUGCAAUGUAGACUUUGCCUUUAUUUGCAAACACACAACCAGUGUCUGUGUGUGUGCAAUCGAGUUUGCAGGUCACCUUGAAUCAGUGCCUUCGCGGCACGUUAUUUAACCAUGCUGGGAAGAAAUCAGAAGGGAUGAUUAAACAACAUCUUAAUCCAUGACAGACUGCUGUGCUAUCAUAUAAACAACAAUAAGGAUGUGGUUUUAAGAAAGAGAACCAAGAUUGGAAUUUAAUUUGUUGGCAGACAUAAUUUUUGUCAUUGAUUUUAUUGCACAAACAAAACAAAAUAUUAUUGCUCAGUUACAAGAGCCAGGACAACAGACACUUGAGAGGGAAAUCCAGCUUGGCUCAGCAAAGAAAAUGCAAGAGGAGCGAAAAACCCAUGAGGGCUAGUUGGGUGGCUGUCAUAAUGAGAAACAUUCACCAUAAGACAAAGUGUUAACAAUGUACAGACAAGUGCAUCAUACAAUUUGACGAUAGAUAAGGGUGAUAAAGACAGAUUAUUAGCUGUGCCAUCCAUCAUUUCUCCUUUUCCAUUGUCUGUAUUCCGAAGUAAUUAAACUGUCAUUGAUGUUAUGUAAGACAAAGACAGGGUUUGUCAUUGAUAUGUUUGAGUUUGUAUGUCAGGUUGAGUUAAAUCCGGUUAAAGAGCAUCAAAAAACAGUAAAGAAUAUCAACAGCAAAGGUCAAAGAGACAGCUCUGUAUUAGUAAUCUGUUUUAUUACGCUUUUGUUCUGAUAUAUAUUUAAUGAUCAUGAUUAAAUAUUUACCGAGAAUAAAAAAGAAAUAGAGCUGCAAGCAGCUGCACUAAACUGGCUCCUGCACCUGUGUGCCUGUUGGGGUUUGGCCCCUGACAGGGCAAGUUGCAUGUCAUGCAUAGUGUGGUGCAGUUGUGAUGUGUUGCCACUCUUUAUGCUUGAGUUAGCGAAAAUUUUGAUGCACAGAGAGACAUCAGACAGUGACAAACUACCUUUGCCACACCCUUUACGUUUUGUAGAUAAGCUCAGGAGCAUUUGUGUCUUUUUUCAUGCCUUCUCUGGCAAUGAAAAAAAUCAAAAGUAUAUCAAAAAGUCCCAAAGGCAGGCGAAUCCCAGGGCAACCCCAGAAAAUGGCUAAAAGAAAUCGCUGUUUUUACGAUAUCAGGAUUUGACCAGCUGACAUGGAAUUGAACAGAAAGAGCUGAGGAACUCUUUCUGUUUAAGAUCUCUUCUAGUGCUUCAUCGCCUUUGAAUUGGAUGGAUUAACCUCUGAAAGAAAGUUAGUUUUAGUAAGACCCCUGGAAACGGCUGAAAACUGGAUCGUAUUUACAAACAAAGAAUCAACUUGCUUUGGGUUUUAUAACGUGGGUUUGAGAAACAUUUUUUUAGGUCUAGACAUCACAUCAACCCUCAAUUUUCCAUAGUCUUAGGUAAAAUGUAUUGGAAUGUGGACUUCCAACCUCUGGUGGGUAGUUGGAUAAAAGUCUAUCAAAUUUGGCAACCUGGAUUGGAUUUGUGUAUGAUUGUAUGAGAGCAGUAGUGUGUUGCCACCAGGUGGGGCUGUAACUUUUGAGAAAAAAAAAUCAUAUUUCAGUAAAGUUUGUGCUCCUUCUCUCGGUUCCUCUUUUUCUUGUCAUUAAUGGUGAUUAUCGGUAACACGUUACCCUGCCUAUUUUUUGUUGUUGUUCUAGUUAAUAUAUAAUGAGUUUUAUGUGUUUCUUUGUUAAUGUCUAAUGAGAUUCGAUGUAUUUCUGUCUUAGUGCUGCAAUGCCUACAGGCCAGGUACAGUGUGAAGGUGUUUUACACCCACGCGGGCUGCACCUUGGUGGCCCUCAACCCCUUCCAGCCGAUCCCAGACCUGUACACUCUAGAUGUGAUGAAGGAGUACCACUCCGCUCCUCAGCCUCAGGUGAAGGGUUUGACAGUUUGGUGUGGCCAUAAUAAGAGAUUUUCUCUUUGUUUCCUUUUUUGAAGUUGUCUGUUUCCUGGUCUAACUAAAGUAAACUAUUCACUUAUUAAGACCUGUAGACGUAUGGCCAAAGAUGUUUGUGAACAAGUCAACAUCUAAAACAACGAACACAGUUCAAACAGUUCAUCUGAUCUUAGCCAGUGUUUCAGAAGUUUUUGAGCAUCAAUCAUUCUGCUUUAUUUUCUCAAACUAAAAUUCCUCUGGUUCAUUGUUCGAUGCCUUUUGAUAAGAACAGCUCUUGAAAUAAACUCGGCAAACUAUAGGAUCUGAGAAAUUGGACACCUGAAAAUGACCAGCAUCGUAAUGGAUCUGUGUGCUUUUGUCAACAGGAGUUCAAGCCACACAUAUUUAUUGUGGCAGAGGAAGCCUACAGGAACGUUAAGGGCCAACUGGAGCCAGUCAAUCAGUCGCUGGUGGUCAGUGGUGAGAGCGGCGCAGGAAAGGUAAACCCACACAGCAGGAAUUAUAAAUAUGAGUUUGGUUAACUUACUAUACUUACAGUAUAGCUAACCUGUUUCAAUAAUUUUAAGCCAGUGUGUUGUGUGUGCCCUUGUUCAUUAUUUCUGCAUUUUUUCAUGCUAAAAGUAAUCAUUUCCCAUCUGUUGUUUUAUUUAGCCAGUACUACAGAGUUUAUCAGACAUAAAAAUACAACACUGUAGAACUAUAACACUGUGAUGAGACAUUUUAAACAACCCACAGACACUUAACAAUAAUAAGACUGAGAGUAAAUUGCAACCUUUCUGUAAAAGUGUAACAUAUAGUAUACUUUUUUUUUACAGACAUGGACAUCUCGCUGCCUGAUGAAAUACUAUGCCACAGUGGCGGCCUCCUCUUCUGUGAUGAAGAGCCAGGACACGGUGGAGAGGAUAGAGAGGAGGGUGCUGGACUCCAACCCUAUCAUGGAGGCUUUUGGUGAGACAGCUGAUUGCCAGUGUGCUGUUUAUUAACAAUUACUCCUAUAGAUUGAUGGCUGCUCAGUCAACUCUUCCCCCUCUAUGUAGGAAACGCCUGUACACUACGCAACAACAACAGCAGCCGCUUCGGAAAAUACAUCCAGCUGCAACUAGACAGGUACUUACUGCUGAGUCUGCUGCAUCAACUUUAUCAUUAUUUGUGAUCACACUAGCUCAGCUUCUUGAAACUAACCAUUACACAAGUUCUUGGUUUAAAUCAUCCAGCGUAUUAUUUACAUUUUCAGGGGCCAGCUGUUAGUGGGAGCGUCUGUGCAGACUUACUUGCUAGAGAAGACCCGAGUAGCCUGCCAGCCUGCUAAUGAGAGGAACUUCCACAUCUUUUACCAGGUGAGUUAACAGCUUUGCAUCUAUCCUCAUAUUCUCUGGUGAUGUGUGAGUUCAAUGCCAAGAAAGUAUGUUAUGCAGAAGUGAAUACAGUGAGUGUACUGCUCUUUUAGAUGAUGAAAGGGGCCACAGUAGAGCAGAGAAGAGAGUGGAAGAUGAACCACGGACAACGUUUUGCAUGGCUACCUCAUUCUGAAAAAACUCUUGAGGGUAGGUUUUCAUCAUUUCUUGUGUUUAUGCAGAGACUUUUUUUUGUCCUCCAUUGCUGUACUAGUAACUGCUGUUUAUUUCAUGUCUGACAGAGGAUUGUUUUCAUGAGACUGUGAGGGCCAUGGUUCACCUGGGCAUUAAUGCGGAUCGGCAGAGACAAAUAUUCAGGGUAAGGACUUCAUCAUUAACGUCUUAGUUUUCAUGUUGUAUUGACAGGGUACAGUUGUUGUAAAAGCAGAAAAUGGAACACAGAUCUUCUUUUCAAAACUGCUUUUCUUUGUUCAAGACAUUGUUUUGUCAGAUAUAUAGAGAUGAGGUAACGUGUUGAUUUGUGGCUUUGAGAAGUUAUUAAGUGUAACCCAGCAAUGACAAAACUGAACUGUUAGUUAUCUUAAAAAAGGGGACCAGACUCAUUGGUUUAACGUAAGCUGUGCAGCCCCGGUGUCAGUUGUGUGCCAUGGUGUCUGAAUGAAUGCCAGGAUAAUGUAAAUAUGCACACAGCUCCACUCUUUUGUUCUCAAAGAGCAUUCACACACCAGCGUAAACUUUAAAUCCUGAGUAGAGCCCUGGUUGUAGAGUUUCUACUUCUAACACAGUAUACAUGGUUUUGCUAACCCUGCUUUCCUAUCAGCCAUGAGUACAAAACCUUUCACAAAAAGAAAGUUAUCCAAAGAAAACUGAAAAUCCCUCUGCUGACUAACUUCCUUCCCACGGCCAAACUUAAGCAUCAGAAUUCCAAACACAGAUACUUGUGGUUUCAUGACAAAUGUGGACCGGGCUUCUUUUAGCUUGGUGGAAAAUCUGACUGGGACACACCAAUAUUGUUGCCGAGUGUCUAUUAUACUCUGUAGGCCAUAAAGAUGCAUGAUCCCAGUGCCACAAAGCUUUUACUUAGAAAGCACAGACUUCAUCGUCAAAUAUGACUUAUUUGGUGAAAUGUAUUUUAUUUUUUAUCUCUUAUUAUCUUUGUGUUACACCAGUGUCCGUAUCUGGGUACACAGAGGAGGAGUAAUAAUUGUGUGCCAAUACAGCAUUAAAUACUCCUCUUUUCUAUAUUUUAAGUACUUAAAAACUGUUCAGGCAAUGUUUACAUAACAGCCAGCUGUGAGGUUCAAGUGGAGGAUUAAGGGAUUUAAGUGUUGCAUAAUUAUCAAUGCACAUGCAAUGCACCAUGAUCUCCAGUCAUCUAUAACCAAAGCACAUUAUUUCUCUUUGUGUUUAAAAUCCAUUACAGGUAUUAGCAGGGAUUCUGCAGUUGGGGAAUUUGAGUUUCUCUUCUGCAGUGGAUGAAACACAACCCUGUAACCUGGAAGAACCGACCAAAGGUACUGAGUGAGGUUUUAUUUGGAAUAUUAAACCAACUCUAUCAAGCGCUUUUAGUAACUUAGCCUGCAAAUGAUCUUUUUGUUUACAAACUCAAAAUUAACAUUAGAAAACCCUAAGAUGCUGAAAUCCCUAAGAAAAUUCUCACGCUAGUUACCAUAUCACCCCAUGCUCCUCAAUAACAAGCAUUCAUAAAUGUGAGAUCUGUGUUUCAGACUUCUUGCAGAAGGCUGCUGAGCUGCUUCGUGUCCCUCCUGUGGAGCUUCAGAUGUGUUUAAGAGUGAGGACUUUAAAGGCAGGGAAACAGAGUGUGCUCAAGCCGUGCUCUCAGGCAGAGUGCAGCAUGAGGAGAGACUGUCUGGCAAAGGUCAUCUAUGCACAGUAAGAAAAGAUUUCAUUAUUAAACUUGGAAAUGUCUGAAUGUGAUGAUGAUGUUAUGUGGAAGAAUCUGCAGGCUUCAGUAUGUUUCCAUGACUCAAACUUUAUUUGUUAUCAGAAAGCUUUCAACCAAACACCCAGGAGUGAAACCAUCAUUGUCUUUUAUUGACAGUAAAUAGUGAAGAGUUUCUGUUAAUCUGGUUUUAUUAAUACAGGCUGGUAUGUUUUUGCAGUAAGUGUAUUAUGUUUUCCAACAGAUUGUUUGAAUGGCUGGUUAUGUUCAUAAACAACAGCAUUUGUGCAGAUGAAUCCACAUGGUGCAACUUCAUCGGUAAAUGCAUUAGUAUCGCCUACGCCAUCAAAUACACAUCAGUUUGUACAUUUUGCAUCAACUGUCUUUCCAUGAACUCACUCACUUCUCUUUGUGAUCUCCAGGAGUUUUAGACGUGUACGGGUUUGAGUGUUUCUACACCAACAACCUUGAGCAGCUCUGCAUUAACUAUGCAAAUGAGAAGCUGCAGCAGCACUUUGUGGCCCAUUAUCUCCGAGCUCAGCAGGUAGAUCUGAAGAGUUUUCUUUUUCCAAGCAGAGAAAUCUGCAUAAUGUGAAGAACAGCAGAAUAAUUUUUCAUAUUUUGUGCAAUUGAAUAAAGAUAUUUUGUUCUGUAUCAAAUCUUUUUUUCAGGAGGAAUAUGUGACAGAGGGGCUGCAGUGGUCGUUUAUCAAAUACCAAGACAACCAGAGCUGUUUGGAUCUUAUAGAGGGAAGCCCAAUCAGUGUGUUUUCGCUUCUAAAUGAGGUAUGAAGGUGAUUCUCUCGUCUUAAUUAGAAUUUAAACACGUAUCUUUGUCAGUUAACGGAACAAAGACACAGCUUGAAUGACAUAUAAAACAUUGAAACCCCAAUAAGAAGAAUGUAUUCUCGGUUUAAACAGUAAAAAGGGGAAAACCAAACACAAAUUUGAAGCUAGAGACAAUCCAUAGUUAGCUGGUGGCUGUGUAAAAUAGAAUCUUGUAGAGUACAGUAAGCAGGAAGAAGUGGAAUCAUAAAGAGUGUACUCAAUGUGCCGUAUCUCUGUUCUGCAGACUGAUCUGAUAUGAUGUGUGAACAGGUUGUUCCUAGUUGCCUUUGUUAUUCAGAAUGAACAGCUGUUGUCAAGGAGUUUUGACCAAUCAGAAUCAAAUGUACAAUGAUUUCAGGGGUGGGGGGGAUUGCCUCACAUCAGACCGGCAAUUCCUCAAUCCUACCCAUUUGAAUUGAGUGGAAAAGUACAAAAGUGGAGAUUGAAAUGCUGUUUUAAAAUGUUAACGGGCCAGUUUGGGAACUUGCAAACCUGCUGAAUUGUUUACUGUUACGAGGUAUAUAAUUACAGCAAGGGAUGCGUUUGUCAGUCCUGGUUAGCAAGUCAUGUAGCUAAGCUUAGUGAGAUGAUAUAAUGGUACGUCAUUAUUUUGGUUGUCUUCAAUCACCAGGAGCAGUUUGUGAGCUCAUACUCAAAGGAGGAAAAAACAACUUAAACUAUCUCUGUAUUCCCAUCAACAAAGCAGUGACCUGACCACAAAACCAACCUGAGAAGAAUUCUUCAACUUCCAUUCUGCCAUUAAGAACAUUUUUUCAAACUUUUUGGGGGAUUUUUUGAUGAAAAUACUCCCAAAAAUUCCUCACACACUAAAAGAAGAGUUUUCAGGGUAGUGAUAGCUCAAACGUCUUAUUUAGUGGAGUGGUACAGUUAGUGACUUGCCCUAGUGAUUAAUUUGUUCAUUUGAACUGUGUUAAUAAUAAAUGAUUUAAUAGAUUUUCUUCUGACCUAUUGUUUAUAGGGAUUGUUUAGUAUAGCAAGUAUCUUGGUAAGAUAAUUACAUCUUCACAUACUUGCCCUAUAGGAGAGUCGUCUCAAUCGGACUUCUGAUGCUCGUACAUUGAGACUGCGUCUAGAGAAGGAGCUUCAUGAUAACUCCAACAUCAGCUGGGACAAGUUCAGCAAGGAGCCUCACUUCACUGUGUCUCACUACGCUGGCAAAGUAAACUACCAGCUACAAGGCAUGGUGGAGAAAAACAAGGUAGGAAAGUAAAACUUUGAGACUGGGUUCAGAAAGUUGACCGCAAGCCCACGUCCACUUACUGUCAUCUGCUGGAUCUUGUGCUUUAGGAUCCUGUACCACCAGAGCUCAUUAAACUGCUUCAGAAGUCUGAAGACCCGCUGCUUCGUCAGGUCUUCACCGACAAGGAAACUGAGAGCCCGAACUCGAAAGGGCUCAAUAAAGUCACCGUGGUCUCCAAGUUCAAGGUGAGAGUCUUGAUCACCGUGGUUACAUAAGCUUGUCCUCUACCCAAAGAUUAGUGAUGACGUUCUUGUCUGAUUAUAGAACUCUCUGGAGAGCCUGAUGAAGAUCCUUCACACCACAACUCCCCACUACACACGCUGCAUCAAACCCAACCCAGACUGCAAGCCACUCACCUUCAAAAAGGAGGAGGUAGAUUUUCCAAACAUACACAUUUAAAACUGUUUUCUGCUUCAGCAGAGCCUUUAAAACAAGAGGAGGCCCUUUGUGUACCGUUCAAACUGUCUUUGCAAAAAAAAAGGUUUCAGUGUUUUUUUCCUGUCUGCCUUCAGGUUAUCAUGCAGCUGGAGGCCUGUGGGAUUGUAGAAACUAUUCACAUUAGUGCUGCUGGAUUUCCAAUACGGUAAAAUGAUCAUCCUGUCAACUAUGUGCUUUGCUCUCUUUGUCUUUGAUUAUGCAUGACAGGCUGUUUCUCUUCUUCAGAAUUCUUUACAAAAACUUCCUGCAACGUUACGGACUGAUCUCGAGACAUAUAAACUCCAAGUUUAGGUUCCAUCAUGUUGGUAAGUGGAGUUUGUUGUGGAACACUUUCACCUUCACUUUUGACUUUGUCAAUAUGGGAGAAAAAAAUAGUGAUUUGUUUCCUCUCUUUAGGUCUGCGGGUUUUUCCCCCCUGUCCUUUAUUAGCUCUCUUAGUAAGCUUGACCCUCAGUUAUCUUUGGGAAUUACUUUUUCUUUAAAAAGGACUUCCUAACAACAUUUGCUACUUUUCAGGUAAAUGCAUGCACCUCUGACUAUCAGAGCAUGCUUUGCAUGUCAAGCAGCUUCAUUGAGCCAUUGUCAUAACUGAAGACUUUAAUUGCACAAAUCUCCACUUCUGCUCAUGUAAUAUCAUCAGGUGUAAAAGGUGUGAAUCUUUGAUGUGAAUGAAUGUGGAGAGUGUGCUGCUAACUCUGCUGAUAGCUUUCCCUACUUUAACUCCUACUCAACACUUCUCCCAUCACCGAGUGACAUAAGUUCAAACCAGCACUACUUUUAAACUGGAUCCACACAUAGCUGGAACCCUGCUCUGAUCUCACCUUCAAUUAAUUAUCCAACUUCACGCUGUAAUUGUACUUCCUCUCUGCCUCAGAUGCGGAGGUUGACGGCAACGUCAUUCUUCAGCAAGAGGUGGAGAAGCUCCUGCGUGCGGCGUUACAACACAAGGUGUUUGACCCCUUGCAUAAGCUUGAGAGUGAGAAGCACAAUUCAUGGGUGCACUGUGGAAGGACAAAAGUUUUUCUCACUCAGCUGAUGGUGAGGCUUUGAUUUAUUCACACAUUUUUUACCAUUUGCAUCAUUUGAACCGUAGUCUAAGUGUAUGCAUACCUCAAACUGGGGGCAAAGUUUGUUAAUUUUGCACAUGAUGCCAAGAGUUCACACUCUCUCAAGUGUUUGUGGGAGAAUGAACAGCCUCUUUAUGUCUUGCAGCUUGAUUUGUUGGAGAAUCAGAGGAAGAAGAUCAUGUCCCGGUGUGCCUUCUCUAUCCAGUGCUGCUGGUGGCGGUACCAGUGCCGCAAAAGGCGUGCACGUCAACGCUCUACUAUUCUGAUCCAAGCAGGUAAACCCUUAAUGCACUGGUAAUGUCCGGAUGAAUGAAAGCAAUAGACAUCAGUGACCUAAGUGUGUGUCUGCUUAUUGAGAUCCGAUUGUCCAGCCAACAAGAGCUCGCUAGUACAGUCAGUACCAAGCGCUGGAGGACUGGCAGUGUUUAUCCAUUCAUUGGCAGCACAAGGCUCCUCCCAUAGAAGCUCAUCAUCUAAUUAAAUGUUAAUGACAGAUUACCUUUGAAUGGGAUUCGCAGAUUAAACCUGCAGAGUGAAUGGUCUGGCAAAGUGUUUGAAGGUUGAAUGUGUUGUCCCUCCUGCAGCGGUGCGGUCCUGGCUGGUCAGGAAACAGGUCAAGAGGUGGAACAGAGCAGCGACGGUCAUCCAGAGGGCCUGGAGGAAGAGGAGGGUGAGUUUAAGACAGACAUACAGUCAAGUGUGUCUUUUUUGUCCUUCCUACUGCAAAUACAGGAACCCCAGGUAGUGCACGUUAAAGCUCCUGUGAGGAAUUAUCAGCUAGUUGUGAAACUGACUAAAAUGAAGAGUGAGCAUUUUUGUGUAGUUGUUUUUAAUGUCUGAAACCACUAGUGGGGGGGACAAAGAUUUCUGUGAAAUGUUUCAUUAAGCUGUUUAAAACCAAAAGCAGGAGAUUUUUUUUGUCUACAAACACAAAUUUCACAUGUGCAGGAUAAAAUCAGCAAAGACUGCUUUGACUACAGGGGGUGCCGAAAUGGGCAAAAAAAUGAAAGUUCCUCACAGGAGCUUUACAGGAAACUCCAUUAUUAUUCAGAAGUCAUUUAAAAAAUAAUUACAUGCAGUCAUUUAAGCUUCUUACGUCCAUGCAACAUAAGCUUUACCUCUGCAUGCAGUUAGCGUCUGACAAUGCAGCUAAGUGGUUACAGGACCUACCGCUGCAAAUUUGUGUGAAAUGUAGUCACCAUUUUACCCCCUAGAGGGGGCUAUCUUAUUGGACAAAUUGACGCAAGUGAGACAGGAAGUUUGGGAUGAUGUUACAUCAGCAGUGAAACAAGCUGAGGACAUGUGGAGUUAGUUACGGAGGACAGUUUGUAGCGGAGUCCUGUAGCAUAGUCUUGAUUUCUUCUUAAGGUUACCAGCUGAAAGCUAAAUAAGCUGCUCGUAGCUACAGGAUACAAGCCUUUGACUGUACUCCUGGCAGUCAUGGUUGAUAUUGACUCAGUUUUGACAUUAUAAGGACAGUAAUUAAAGUCUUGGCUGUAUCACUCUCUGGACUUUUUUUGAAAAUUGUCUAACAUAUUUCCUGAGUGUGAUGCCAAAUAUUCCCAGAAACAAGAGAUGGAAAAUAAACUUUGGCCUGACUCCUGAUGCUCAGUGAGUCCAAUAGUUAUAUUCUCCUGAUAAGUGACAUAGCCUAUCAUAUGGCCUUAAAUGUCCCCCAAAACAUAAAGAUAGAUAAGGAUAAACAGUCUGAAAAAUACAGUACAUCAUUGAGGUUAUUGAGUGGACACCUCCCUUCACUGCUGUUUCAACAAGUAAAGCCCACAGCUCCACAAAAACACUCAACUCCAGCAUCCUACAACUGCUACACCCCUCCAAUCUAGCCCUUACACUCACAGUGGCACAAAAAGUCUGUUAGAGGUGGAGUUCAGCCCUGAUGGGUGAGGCUCUAUGUUUUAUCUCCCCCACCCUUCAUUCUCAUGAAGAAAAAGAGAACAGGGAUGACAGAGCCAGGAUGUGCUUAUCCCAGACCUCUUUCUCUUGACAAAGCUUGUUUGAGCCAGAGCUCCCCCCUACCUGUUGGGCUGUACACUCUGCGUCUGCCCACCCCUCAUUUGUAAUGAAAAAAAGAGAAGGGAGCUGAGAGAGUGAAUAAUAAUUUCAUAUUGGUUGCAGGCUCUUUUGAAGUCCCUGGCUGAUGCAGAGCUUGAUGAUGCUGAGGAUCUUGCAGAAGAAGAGGAGCAAAUGCUGGACCCUGUUGCCAUGGAGAAAGGAUCCGUGCAGCUCUCCAAAUCCACCAAGCCUGUCACAGUGCGAGGGUGGCCCUUGGGUCUUGCCCUGGCCUCUGCCCCCUCUGUCACUGUGUCCAUGACAGCCAGAGGCUUCCAGAAGAUAAUGUAUGUGAUGGCCUGCCUCAACCUGAGCUCCAGGAGAGGGGAGUACAAAGUGGAGACCAACCAGUACACACAGGAGCUGGCCUCCAUACGCGCUCAGCCGCGGGUGAGACGCCACAUAUAUGACUUCCUUUAUAAUUCUCUGAAUGUUUGUGGUAUCUUGGUGGAUUUAUGUGUAGCUAUUUGAGUUUCUAUAUUUCUGUAUUUUCUCAGGGAUCUAUAAAGCUGCACUGUAAGAGAUCUCCACUCCUCUAUGCUGAUAGGCAGCCAGACUUGAAGAGUUAUGUGACGGGGUUCAACGAGAUCCUACUGGAGAAGUCUUUGUAAGAGGUCCUCCUCUGCAGAACACGAAAUGCUGAUUUCCUGGACACAGAUGAGGGAAGUCUGAGGUGCUUUUGCAGUCAACCAGCUGCUGUCGUCUUUGACCCAACACAGAGGGAACAAACCUGGAAUUUAGGCCAAACCUAUUUUUGUUUAAAGAGAUCAUUUACACCUUUAACUUUAAAACAGAAAUGUUCAAUGGUGCAAAGCUUUGUACCCUUGCAUGAUCAUUUAUUAGUUUAACAGGUCAAGUUAGAAAAAUGCAGUUUCCUGUUAUACCAAAAAUAAUCCGCUGUGGCCUACAUGCCAGAGAUACUCAGGAAAAUCCUCUCUAAUUAAAUAUUAGUCAGGAGACUUUCCAGAUAAACUGACCUGCCAGUUCUGAGAUUAGGCGGAUUAGAUUUCGUCAACCAUUUGUAGGAUGUGUGCCAUGUCAUCCAACUAUAGCAAAAGUAAACAAGGCCUAAGGUGUGAGAUCUAUGGUGGCAGUUCAGGACAAGACAAACACAGGAUAUUCUAGGCUUUGUCUGCAAAACUUGAAUUACAUGGCACAACCUUGUUUUCAGGUUUUAUUUCACUUCUGACUAUCUGAAUCCUAUUGAUCCAAGUAUUGAGCCUUCAACACAGUGCCUUUAAAUCUACACUCAAAUCACAACUAGGCUGAGAGUAUAUGUAUUUAUUUUAGGGUGAUUAUUUAAGUGGGAUUUCAUAUGGGAUUUCAUACCUUUAUAGAUUCAUUUUCUGUGUAAAAACAAGAUAUCAGACAUGCAUGUGAUUUAACGUGUAACCCAAAGAUCAUGCCAGCAUAUUUUUGUCGACAUUUGUUGUGAGGAAAAAGUAAGUAAGCAAGUAUUGCACAUGUAAAGCACAUAUUGCACAUUAAAACCAAAUACCUGCUCAAACACAGGCACCUUUCUCUAACCAGACCCUCCUCAAUCACACUCCAUAUUGAAGUUGUUAAAAACAGGGAUGCUAAUGAUAAAAAAAAGUAAACAUAAUUAUAUUUAAGUAAUUCCAUAGCAUUUUUAUUGAUGGAUGAAUGAAACACCAGACUGCACAAGCUCAGUCAGUCAGCUUUGAUGCAGACCUGCUCGUCACAUUUUCUGUGGUUUCUAUUGGCCUCUCGGGGAGAAUGGAAAACUUGUGUGAGUCAGUAGAGGGUGUAGGGCUGGUUAAGAAAGGCCUAAAAAGUCAUCAACAAAUACACACAUCACAUAAGUUAACCAGUAGAGAGGAUGAACACGGGUGUAUUUGCUGCUCUUUGUUUGUUGAAAAGGGUCUGUGUAGUGUCUUAAAAGUUUGACUGAACCACUGUGUGGAUUUAAAUCUGCUGCAGUCCAAAGCACCAAUGCAAGUACAGCACAAACCAAGUUUUAAACUCAAUUCAAGAAAAGUGGAGAUGCUGUAUGAGAUGUUGAUUAAAACAGAUUUGGAUGAUUUGCAAAUCAUUAAGACUAUUUUUAUCGAUCAUAGUGCAAGUAUCAAAUGAUGAAACUAAAACUGUUAUUGUUUUAUGGAAAGUGUAAGCUCAUUUAAAAUGUGAUGACAGCAGCAUGUUUCAAAGAGAUUAGACAGGGGCAUGUUUUUUUAGUUGUAGUCUGUUCAGUAACUAUGGAGACCAGUUUCUGAAGUUUUGAAAAUCAAAUAUUUUCACGUUCUUGUCUGACUUAGGAUUCCAGCCGCCCAACAGUUUGGGUAUUUUCUGUGGCAGUUUUCCUUUGACACGGGACAAUCAGAAUUGGAGUGAGGCCAGUAAAGCACGUGGACUCUAUCACAGAGCCAUGCAGUUUUAUACGUCUUGCAUUGUCUUGCUGAAUUAUACAAGGUCUUCCCUGAAAAGGCGUUGUAUAGAUGCUCCAAAACCUGUACAUAUUGUCCAGUAUUAGUGAUGCCUUCCCAGAUAUGUCAGCUGCUCAUGCUUUGGGCACCUAUGUAUCCUCAUACCAUCAGAGAUGCUGGCUUUUGAACUUUGCUCUGAUAACAAGCUAAAUGAUCCAUCUCCUCUUCAGAGUGGAAGGUAAAAUGUCCAUGAUUUUCAAAAUGAAUGUUACAUUUUGAUUGGACAGACCCCAGGACAGUUUUUCUCUUUGCCCCAGUCCAUCUAAAACGGGCUUAGGCUGAGAACUUUCUAGCACUUCUGGAUAAUGUUCAUAUAGUUUCCUCUUUGCAUGGUAGUGUUUAAACCUGCAGAUGCACUGAUGAACUGUGAACACAGACAACAGUGCUCGGAAGUGACUUGAGGAGUGUCAUGACUGCUUUUGUGCAGCGCCACCAGAGGGCCUUAAGACUGCAGCCAUCCAGGGUUAGUUGUCCCUUUAGUAUAGAAAUUUCUCUGGAUCAUUCAAUGAUAUUAUGCACCUUAAAAUACAGAAAUUCUUUGAACGUCGAGAAGAGGAAAAUGAUUCGGAAACUGUUGGACUAUUUGCUUGUCAGUCUUUCACCAUGUGGGGAACCUCUUCCCUUCUUAACUCCUGAGAUACUCAGCCUGUCUGGGUCGCUCCUUUAAUACCAUUAUUACUGACCUACUGCAAAUUAACCUCAUUAGUGUUCCUUUCCAAUGUUAGGUAACAUUUUCCAGUCAUGCUCCAACUUGCCCCAACUUUAAUAAAAACCUAAGCUUGCAUCAAGAUCGACAUGAGUACUUUUUGUACUAUUUUCAAUUAAAUUUAUGGUUUGAAUGAUUUGCAAGACAUCUAAACCUAUUUUAUCAGGAUUUGAGUGUCCCAACUUGUCUGGAGUUAGGUUUGUAUUACAAACCAAAGUCUGUAAGUGUGUCAGAGGACAAGUAUUCUAUUAUAGACAUACUGUAAUAUGUUUUUUUUAAUUACAUCCUUGAACAUUUAAAAGCUAUUUUUGUUAUCCUAGAACAGAUUAACCAUACGUCUAAACCCAUCAGUUUAACUUCCAGCUUUUGUACCAGUGCAAUACUUGAAAGUUGUUAUUGAUGAUUCCCAGAUUGCUUUUAUCAGCUCAUUAAGAAAAUAUUUUACAUUUAACCGUCUACCAAAAUAGUUUGACUAAAAUGUGUCAUAAUGGAAGUUCAUCAUUUAAAAUCUGUACACUUUUGUCAAUGAUACCGAGGGAUCAAAGUACAGCAAGUUGAAUAAUGUUGAUAUUUAAUUUACUGUUUUGUUAAAAUAAAUAUGUUUCUACUGUA